CCGGUCCCCCUGCCGCCGCCGCCGCCGCCCGCGCCCCCGCCGCCGCCUCGGCCGCCGCAGAGCCGCCCGCAGCAUGUCUCGGAGGAAGAUCUCGUCCGAGUCCUUCAGCUCGCUGGGCUCCGACUACCUGGAGACCAGCCCCGAGGACGACGGGGAGUGCCCCCUGUCCAGGCUCUGCUGGAACGGCAGCCGCAGCCCGCCCGGGCCGCCCGAGCCUCGCGCGGCCGCCGCCGUCGCCCCGGCCCCGGCCGCCGCCGCCUCCGCCGCCGCCGCUGCCGCUGCCGCCGCCGCCGCCACGGCCGGGGCCAGGAGGGCGCAGCGCCGGAGGCGGGUCAACCUGGACUCGCUGGGCGAGAGCAUCAGCCGCCUCACGGCGCCCUCGCCUCAAACGAUACAGCAGACUCUCAAGAGGACCCUGCAGUAUUACGAGCACCAAGUUAUUGGUUACAGGGAUGCAGAAAGGAAUUUCCACAGUAUCUCUAACAGAUGGUCCUAUGCAGACCAUUCCAGCAAAGAGGAAGUCGAAGACGUCUCAGGAAUCCUUCAGUGCACCGCUAACAUGCUCGGUUUGAAGUUUGAGGAAAUCCAAGAGAGAUUUGGCGAGGAGUUCUUCACUGUAUGCUUCGAUGAGAAUGAGCGAGUCCUUCGAGCUGUGGGUGGCACCUUGCAGGAUUUCUUUAACGGCUUCGACGCCUUGUUGGAACACAUUAGAACUUCCUGCGGAAGACAGGCCACGCUGGAGUCGCCGUCGUUCCUGUGCAGGGAGCUCCCUGACCGUGCCCUGAUGCUGCACUAUUUCCACCCCCACCACACCGUGGGGUUCGCGAUGCUGGGGAUGAUCAAGGCCGCAGCCAAGAAGAUCUACCGGCUGGACGUGGCCGUGGAGCGGGUGGCCGCUGAGAAGCUGGGCUCCGACGCUUCGACCCCCGGCAACUGCAGCUGUCUUACCUUCCUUAUCAAAGAACGGGAAAACACCAACGUCCCGAAGAACCUUCCCCAGGGUUCCUCCCACGUGCCCGCGGACCUCAGAAUCAGCAUCAGCACCUUCUGCAGAGCUUUCCCGUUCCACCUGAUGUUUGACCCGCACAUGUCCGUCCUCCAGCUGGGGGAAGGCCUGCGGAAACAGCUGCGGUGCGACACUCAUAAAAUGCUCCAGUUCCAGGACUGCUUCGAGAUCGUGUCCCCGCGGGUGCAGGCUGCCUUCGACAGGGUCCUGCUGCGCCUGUCCACCCCCUUCGUGAUCAGGACCAAGCCCGAGGCUUGUGGCACUGAGAACAAAGAUAAGGUGAUGGAAGUCAAAGGACAGAUGAUCCACGUCCCAGAGUCCAACUCCAUCUUGUUCUUGGGCUCCCCGUGCGUGGACAAGCUGGACGAGCUCAUGGGCCGGGGGCUGCACCUCUCCGACAUCCCGAUCCAUGAUGCCACCCGAGACGUCAUUCUGGUUGGCGAGCAGGCAAAGGCCCAGGACGGCUUGAAGAAGAGGAUGGAUAAAUUAAAGGCAACUUUGGAAAGAACUCACCAGGCCCUGGAAGAAGAAAAAAAGAAAACAGUUGAUCUUCUAUAUUCUAUUUUCCCCGGUGACGUCGCCCAGCUCUUGUGGCAAGGACAGCAGGUGCAGGCCAGGAAGUUUGACGAUGUCACCAUGCUCUUCUCGGACAUUGUUGGCUUCACAGCCAUCUGUGCCCAGUGUACCCCCAUGCAGGUGAUCAGCAUGCUGAAUGAGCUGUACACCAGGUUCGACCACCAGUGUGGAUUUUUGGAUAUUUAUAAGGUGGAAACAAUAGGUGAUGCCUACUGUGUUGCUGCAGGACUCCACCGGAAAAGCCUCUGCCACGCCAAGCCCAUCGCUCUGAUGGCCCUCAAGAUGAUGGAGCUUUCAGAAGAGGUGCUGACACCUGAUGGAAGACCAAUUCAGAUGAGGAUAGGCAUUCACUCGGGUUCUGUGCUCGCUGGAGUUGUUGGGGUGAGAAUGCCACGAUAUUGCCUGUUUGGAAAUAAUGUCACUCUGGCAAGCAAAUUCGAAUCAGGAAGUCACCCUCGGCGCAUCAACGUCAGCCCCACCACUUACCAAUUAUUAAAGCGGGAAGAAAGUUUCACAUUCAUCCCUCGGUCCCGUGAAGAGCUUCCCGAUAACUUUCCAAAGGAAAUCCCUGGGAUCUGCUAUUUCCUGGAGGUAAGGACUGGUCCUAAGCAGCCAAAGCCUUCUCUUUCCUCCUCGAGGAUAAAAAAAGUUUCCUACAACAUUGGCACCAUGUUCCUCCGGGAGACAAGCCUCUGAGACCUACUGCAGAUCAAAGACUCCUCCAAAAAGCACAAGCCCAGAACACGGGUCAUGACGGGAGAGUAGAACGAGAUGGUUUCUCUUCCACUACUUGCCUGAGAACAAGCAGCGGAAUUUCUGUGCUGAGGCAAUAAUCCUAGAACAAGGUGGAUAAUGACUGUCAGCUAAAAAAAAAAAAAAAAAAAAAAUGGAAGGGGGGUAAUGAGAUGUGUCCAUCCCUGUGAGUGUUUUUGGUCAUAUAUAUAUAUAUAUAUAUAUAUAUAUAUAUACACACAUGCGUGUGCACACACAAAUAUAUAUAUCUAUAUUUUAAGUAGGGGCCCCCUUUCAAAACUAAUAGAGUCUGUGUUUCUUGUUUGUCACACAUACAGGUAUCUUCCCCCAUUUACCUAGAUCACUUUUGAGAGCCAGUUUUGAGGAUAUAGUCCUCCGUUUAGUGAGUUGGUAUGUGAGGACUAUUUUCUAAUUUUGUUUUUCUGAACAGACAUUUCACACACAUCAUGGCAGUGUGGUUGUCUUCCCAGCAGGAAGAACUCUAACUCAGCAAAAUAUUUUAGGGAUAUUACCUAUUUUUCUACAUCUCUCUUCUCCUAGAUAAUUACAUUUCACACAACAUUACUCCAUUUUCCGAAUCUGCUACUGUGUAGUUGGUGUCUUAUGUAACCGUAACCUACUAAUCAAAUAGAGUUUCGCUCAUUUAGACAGAUGGGUGCUCGAACGGGGCAUACACAUAACCAGGGACUGCAGAUGCCGAGAAAGCGUUGUCUGUCUGCUUAGCAAAUACAUCUUUUAGAUUUAAUUACUGUAGCACGGAAUCCAGAGGAAAUAGCGUUUCCCACUAAGAGACUCGUCUGUCACCAGAACUACCGAAAGUCUUGCUGCUGUCUUCUGACAAAUGUCGGAUAAAACAAAAUGCUUUGCUGCACUGGACCCUUUUCAACGUAGCACUUGCAAAAUGGGUACCUUGUACGAUGUACUCAGCUAUAUUCUAAUAAACAGCGUCCCCAUCCUGUGGCUCGUUACUCUUCCCCCACCUCUGCCCACUCCGCCCGCCGGAUGCCUCCUGAGGGCUGCUUGCCACUCUGGGAGAAAACUGCCAGAUGCUGGCAUUAGGGAGAAAGAGGUUGUAGGCUGUUUCCCAAGAACGUUAUUUCUUCUUGCAAAAUAAGGGGUGGGGGGAAACCCUGUGUUUUAUGGCUUUGAGAUUAAAAAAAUAAUAGUAAUUCUUUUCUUCUGCAGUUUGAUUUAUGUGGCUCUUAAAUUCAGUGAAUCACCUUCAUGAACCUCUUAAAUUCAUGAAUCACUUCCAGACCUACUAAAGUAGGUCUGUCCCCUAGGCCCCGUCAUCGCCAUAGUGACAGACAGGCUUCCAUCACGUGUGGUCCUAAAAUGAAGAUCUGUUCCCGCUAAUUAGCACUGCAUGAAAAUAUUAACGCAGGCUCCCCCUGAAAUCUGGAGCACAGUACAUCCAGAGUUUUCCUAUUUUGGAUCUAAUAUAAAACCCAAGUUUCUGCUGAGGUUAAUGAACUGGAAAUCGAUGUGUUUCCCUGAAACCUUGGAAUGGCCGUUUUCUUCCAAACGGUGUACUCAUUGAGAGCUUGCGUCUGCUGAACGUGACCGAGAGAUUCCUCUGGGCAGGCACGGGGGCUGCGUUAGGAUUCAUUCAUGCCGCAACUCAGCUACAGAGCGUAUUAAUAGUGUCCAGUGUAGCCUGGGAGGCUGACUAGUGCUUUUAAGUUCUCUAAGUGUGUGCUAGAAAACAUUUAUAGAUACAUAAAGUAUUUGUUAUAAUGGUGAUCUCUUCUGUAAUUGCUGAACUGUUUUCACCCCAAGGCUCAUGAGGAUGCUAGUGCCGCACACAGUGUGGAGAUGGGAUCUAGAACCUGAGCUUUCGGAAGCCUCGCCUGCCUCCCUCCUCCUUGAGUCUAGGUCUCUGUUUUUAACAACACGGGGGGCCAGAAGGCCAGUGUGUUUAUUUGAGGGGAGUUUUAUAGACUGGGGACAGGGUGCUCUAAUGGGGGUAGUUACAAAGGAAUUUCUUCAGGGGACUGGGAAAUUAGCCCACUCCCUUCACAGGGAAGAAGGGGGAGGUUCAGUUACUGUGAACGGAACAGGCCGGGCACACCUCAGUCCUCGUGCUGAAGACAGACGACACUUCAGCUGUGUAUUC